AUGGCUAGGCGCGGAAGAAGCACGCAAAGCGAGUCUCCAGAACGGUAUACAUCUACUGAGCCAUUCAAACUGAUUGAAUUCAUUGAAGAACUACUCCUCAACUCACAUCAUCAUCGACAUGUUAGACAAACACAAAACGGAAAUGCUGGCGAAUCAUUCACCAUAAGGAUGAAUGGGCCUGGUGCUGAUGAGACUUGUCAGCUGAAAGUCAAGCCAGCUUCUUUAUUCCAGAAAGUGAUUGAUAUUUGGCAUUCUACCAAGCAUCCUACGACGGAUAAGAAAGCAUUUCGGUUUAGCCACAAUGGGACGUUCAUCACUGGCAAGAGCACACUACAAGAUUUGGGACUUGGACAAGAUGAUGAUAUACAAGUUACCAUAGUGCAGACAUUAGAUGGAAUUCAGCAUGGAAUCGCUAUAGACAGUCUCAGAAAGCUGACAUUCAAAACCACGUAUGUUAAUGUAGAAACAUUUGAAAAAGUAAAGGAAAACUUUGAUACUACAAAGAUCGUGUGGAGACCCAUUCCUACUGCACUUGGACUUAUUAUUAUUGCUGUUGUUGGAUUGAUGCAUGCUAGAAACCGAGAAAUUCGACGUAUAAAGAGACUGAGAGCUCUUGAAAAUGGUGGUGUUCAGGGUGAUGACGCCGAUAAUCUUAUUGAGGUUACUGGGCCAUGGCAGUUCCAACUAUACGGAACACUACCGCUACGCGCCAUAUCACGUCUAUGGGGCAAGAUGAAUGAACUUAUCGUACCCAAAUGGUUACGGAAUCCACUUUAUGGAUUAUAUGCCAGAGCGUUUGGAUGUAAUCUAGAUGAAGCGCUUGAACCGAAUCUAGUCACAUACCCAAACCUGGCUUCGUUCUUUUAUCGGGAGCUUAAGCCGGGUGCGAGGGUUAUUGAUCCUGAGGCUGAAGUGGUUUCACCAGCAGAUGGCAAAGUCCUCAAUUUCGGAAUCGUAACAGACAGACGCGUCGAGCAAAUCAAGGGAAUGACAUACUCACUCGAUGCCUUCCUCGGCAAACCUAAAAAAUCACAAAACCAGCCAAACCCACAUACCCAAACAGCUACAUCAGAUACCACUAUGGUAAACGAACACGAUACAUCAUCACACCUAAUAUCAGAAGCCCAUUUCGCAAAUGUGAAUAGCGUAGACUAUUCAUUGGAGAGGAUGAUGGGUGAUCAGAAAGAUGUGCCGCUGAAGCCACUUCAUAUGGAAGGUGACAAGGCGCUCUUUUUCGUAGUGGUGUAUCUGGCGCCUGGUGAUUAUCAUAGGUUUCAUUCGCCUACGGAGUGGAAGGUUGAGAAGAGGAGACACUUUCCUGGUGAAUUGUUUUCAGUUUCACCAAAAGUAGUCAGUCUAAUGCAAAACCUCUUUGUACUUAACGAGCGAGUCGUGCUGCUUGGUAACUGGAAGCAUGGCAUGUUUUCAAUGAUUCCUAUUGGUGCUACUAAUGUCGGGUCUAUCAAGAUUAAUUUUGAUGAGACACUAAGAACAAACGUAGUAGACUCAAACACCAUACCCGGCACAUACUCGGAACGCAUAUUCGACCAUCUGCCACUCAAAAAGGGCCAAGAAGUCGGUGGUUUCCAGCUAGGAAGUACUGUUGCCCUAGUCUUUGAGGCGCCCAAGACAUUUAGAUUCUGUUUGGAGAGUGGACAGAGUAUUAAAGUUGGACAGGCUGUUGGGUAUUUAUAA